AUGAGCGCUCGAGCGCGCAUCUGGCCACACUCAAGCAUGAGGCAGGCUUGUGCGUCAGGCCGGGCGGCCCGGCCUCGGCUUUGGGCCUCAUUCUCAGGAAAAAGCCCGCUCGGGCCGGGCCGCGCUUCAAAAAAAUUUAAAAUUUCAUUAAAAAAAUUUUCACCGAAAUGUUACUUUUACUUUUGAAAUCAUAGUUUCUGUUAAACUUGAAGUGAAAAAAAUAAGCAAAAACGUAAUUUUUGUCGUAAAAAAAACUUGAUAUCCGACUAGAAAAAAAUUGCGCGUUUUGGCCCGGGCGGGCCAUUUUUUCUUGAGGCCCCGCUAAGGCCGGGCUCACGAAAUGGUCGGAGGGCCGGGAGGGUGACGAGCCGGCCCUCGCACAAGCCUGGCAUGAGGUCGGUGAUUGUGCCGUCGUUGAUUGCGCUCCACAGACAAACGCGCGAAAAAUGGAACUUCAAACGUUUGAAAUAAUUUAAAUUUCAUGUUUUCUUUCUUCGUCUUUUUUUUCUUUUUUUUUUUCUUUGACACUCUAUCAAGGUUUUUUUUUUGUUUUUCAAUUUGCUUCACAUAAACUCAAGCUUUCGAAGACUUCAAAGAUAUAGCUGAUUCACGGCUGGCUUGAGCCAUCGGAAAACGGGUCCUGAAACGAUAAUGCACGAGAUAACGCCUGGCUCGAGGAGAGCGCAGACAGGACACGCCCCCUUAGCGUCCCAAGCUGGCCGUGAAUCAGAUUUAAUAUUUUCUUAAGGUGCGCUGGAUAGCGUUAAUGCUUGCCGUAAAGCGAUCGUUGCAAAAAUUCAACAAGAAGAAUUUUCGCGUUCUAUUUUUUUUUUCUACGAAUAAUGAUGCGCGAUUGCAUUGUCAGCCUGAUUCAGCCGGCUUGCAUUAAGCUCUGCCAAAAGGACAGGCCUCCAAGUAUAUAGGCUGGUAGUUUGAAGGCGCAAAUGUAACUUUUAUGCAGAAUUCUAGUCUCUCAGAGUGAGAUCCUAUAUCUGAUGCACAUCAGAAGAAUUUAAAUAACGAUUACUAUAUUGAAUAAAUUAAAAUAAAAAAAUCUUUCAGUUUGUUAUACUCACCUUUGAUCUUGCAUUCCAUGCAUUUUUUUAAAUUUAAAGCAGGAUCUAUUGACUUCAAUAAAACUUUUUUUAAUAUUAUGGAGUCUUUGGGUAUGGACAUUUUAGAUAUUUUAAAUUAAGUCUAAAAACAAUAAAGUUUUUCAAAGUUGGUUUUGAUCAACAAGAUGGUAGGAAGGAAUUUUGGGUCCCCGAAUAUUCGUGAGCGUUAAUUGUGCAUACACCAAUCUUGGAGGCUCGAAUCUUUGAAAAUUUGAAUCUUUGCAAACGAUUCUUGGGAAUAUUCCCUUCUUUUUUAAAUUCCCUUUUUUUUCUUUGUCGUUUUAUUGUGAAGAUGCCGUGUUUCGACCACAAAUGAACACUGUAUGAUUUUUUUUCAACUAACCUUCAUCGAAUAAUGCGUCUUUCUCGCAUACAUGUAGUCAAAUAUUCCCUGCAGAACGGCUACCACGUUUUCAUUCACUCUGUAUAUAUUCUCCAUCAACUUCUGUUAACAAAAAAAUAUUGCAAAAAUUAUAAAAAAAUCAGAAAAAGAGGGGAAUAUUCCCAAAAAAAUCGUUUGCAAAGAUAGAAAUUUUCAAAGAUUCGAGCCUCCAAGAUUGGUGUAUGUACAAUUAACGCUCACGAAUAUUGGGGAGCCCAAAAUUCCUUCAUACCAUCAUCAACAAGAGUAAUGGGAAAACUGCAAUUUUGUCGAUAAAAAGAUUGACUCAUUUGAAUAAAAUAUUUUGAUUGAAAUCAGAAAAAAAACAUGGCUAGCAGCGAAGAUGAUUUUGGUCUCUAAUGUGUUUUUUUCAAACGUUUUUUUAGGAUUAAAAAAGCUUGCUUCAAAAAGUUCUUGCAGGAGAUGAACCCACCCGCUAAAAAGUCUCGUGUCAGCGCCGGACAUAGAGGAGACCGGAUAAGGUUUUUCGAUGACAGGCAGAAAAAUCUAGAAAAUGUCAAACCAUGUAAGGAGCCUUAUUUUGACACGGGUAAACUAGAAGAAAAGUUAAGCCAAUAACAAAAGAAUUUCUAGCAUUUGAGAGAGCUUCGACCUGUGAUAUCAAACAAGGCGAUGUUUUCAACGAGAGGUCGCCAAGUAGGUCUUUUAAAUUUUAUUUCGUGAACAUUUUUCUCCACAAACUGGAAUAAUAAAUUGAUAUAGAGAAUGCUAUGCGGUAGUUUUUUGUCUACGCAGCGACGUAAAAAAAUAAAAGUUCUAAAAAAGCUGUACCACGCUUUUCGAAUCGCGUCGAACAUUAUUUCGAAUUUCGAGGAAAAGCUCAUAAUUUCUUAACGGUUCAGUGUCGUUUCCUCGAGAGGGGCUUCCACUAAUAAAAAUGACGAACUUUCGAGUCAAACAGGAAGACGAUUUUGGUCAGUCGUGGGUUCAAGAAGGCAUCUACGCGAUGAAAGUUGUUGGUUUUGAAAUUAUAAAUAGCACUUUUCCAGUUUUUCAUUGAAUACUAACCUUUUUUUUUCGUUUGUGGUAUUAAUAGUUAAAUGCAGGAUUCCGAGAAACGAAACGUAUCGGUAUCAUUAGAAGAGGAAAUGGCAGAAGACGAAGGUUUGUAAGGAUUAUUUCUAUACUUGUCAGCGAUUUCGAAAAAGUAAAUAAUUUCGCUACGCAGAAUUUAAUUUUAUGCUGUGCAUGAUUUUCUAACUUUGAAACUUUAAGACGACGAUAAAGAGAACAGUCAAGAAGGAAUGGUCUCCCCUGCGGACAUUGCCGUGAGUAUUGAAACUUGAUACUGCUUUUUGAAAAGUAUCGCUCUUAAGAGUCAUAUUAUUCCAGAAGGUAGACUCACGGAAGCGCAAAAUCGCUUCCGUCGAAUCAAUAGAAGGUAAAAUUAUAAUUAAAACGAUAAGAUGGUCUUGAUCUUCGGAAUUUCAGUCGUCGCGACGAGUGAUGAAACUGUCGAAUUCCCAUUCAAACAACGAAAGAAGUUCACAAAGGAAGACGAAAGCAAACUUAACUACGGGAAUUUCGAGUACGAGGUUCAGGCCCUCUACAAUGUGAGAUUGAAGUCGUUUCCUCGUCGUGAAAGGAUGCUUUUCAGACGGGAAACGACUGUUCCUGGGCCUACGUGUACUGGUUGGAGUGGCAACCGAACACUGGAAGCGAAGUUGACUUGGAAAAACUCGGCAAUUGUGGCGACAAGGUUUUCGCUGUCAAAUUGGCUUUUUCCAGUUCGUCUUUUACAGAUCGAGGAGCUUCGCGAAAGGAAUAGUGCGUUUGAUGCGAUAGAGGAAAACUUGAAAGCCAAGAACGUUUCAAGCACGUAUCGUCGUCUGGCAAUUAGCGCCAAAACCUUGCCGGCAAGUUGAAAACAAAUUAUUCAGACUCAAACUUGAUUCUGAAAACGAGCUAUUCUCUUGAAAUGAGACAUAUCUAUGUAAAAAUUUCCUAUUACUCUUUUUCAACCCUCUAUUUUAUUCUCUCUUCUCCUACUUAUAUAAAACGAUUGGUCUCAAAGAAAUGCUCCGGCGAUCUUUUGCAGAUUGUAUUUCCUCCAAUAGCAUUCCGCAAAAAAUCUCUCGCCCCGAAGUUGUUCCUAUUCUUCGUUAUAUUUUGAGACGUUUUUGGACAUGAAAGAUUGAGUGCAGGGUGCAAGGAAGAUUUUGUCGGUUUAUGAUGAACGUUUUUGGAAUGAGAAAUGUCUGAAAAAGAGUUGAAGAAAAAGACUUGGGGGAACAUUCCGAGCCGUCUUCCGCGUUUUUCAAUCUGCUCAAUAUUUUCAGAAGAAUGAAAAUUUCUUCUGGCACCUCGCCGACAUUGAAUAUGAGCACAGAAAAAGGUUUUGACCGAUCAUUCCAUAGAAAUAAGAAAUUUUUAAGCCAUUCAACUUUGAAUGUCGGCAACAUUCACUACGCCAAUUGGUAUGCGAAACCGGUGAGAAGAGGAAGACUUUUACGAACCUUCGAUUUCAAGGCGAGUUCUUUUUUCCAAGAUUUGGGUUGUGUUUGUUGGAUAAUAUAAAUCUGUUUAACAUUUUCUUCUGGCAUGCACUUUCGAGAGAAAUCGGAUCAAUUCAAUUCAUGAGCCCCACAGAUUUUGCAGUAUUUUCAACUUUCAGUACAUCUCGAAAAGUGAGUUGAGUCCGGAGGCGGUCCUCUAUCUGAGAUCUUCGGAGCGACGGUCCAUGAAUCAAAAGAACUGCAGCUGUAUUUCAAAAGAACAGCUUGCUCGACUGGAAAAUAUGGACGAUGCGACUCGAAUCGAAAAUAGUGCGACUUGAUAUUCUGUUCCAAGUUUCCCUGAAAAAAAAAUGAGCGAAGGCGUGAGGAAAAAUGAGGAAAACAAAAAAAGAGAAGAAAAACGUUUUUUGUGAGGUUUUCUUCUUUUCGCUCUCCUUUUGUUGUUUUCGGCUUGAUGAACAAAAAAGUUUGAGUAAAAAUUGUCGGGGUUCUAUUUUUGUGAGCUGAAAUAAUGUAGGCGCUUUUAGAAAUAAGAAGUACAAAAAUGCGAAAAAAUUUGAAUUUUUUGGAAAAUUCUCGAUUCACGAUACUGUUCAGUCACGCUGAAGUCUUGUGCGGAUGUUUCGACUUGCGUCGAUCGCGCAGACGGAGACCGAUCUCCUUGUGGCAACUUCUGUGGCUGCUUGAACGAUGUGAAAACCUGCCGUCAACAAAGUUCUCAAGAACACUUUUCAGACAACUAUGGUUGAAGAUGAGCGGGUUGAUCAAGUGCAGUUUUUGCACUACGACGCGGACGGGCGGCUCGGAAUGCCCGACGUGCUUUCCAGCAAGGUUCUGAUUGCCGUCGAGUGUACCGAUCACUGUGGCUGCGGUCCCUCUUGUCACACCAAAGUCGUCCAGGUUUGCUCGUUUCGCGGAAAAGUUUCCUUUCGGAAUGCUCUCAAACGCCGUUGCGAGCAAAAAUGAUCUAACGGUAAAAAGAUUGAGUCGAUCGUCUACUGCAAACGGUGUACGUUGAAAUUAAACUGCAUAGGAAUUUUUUUCAUUGACUGAAUCCAAAUUUCAAAAAUUUAUACGCUCAAAAAAAGUUUUAGUCGAAAAAAAGAAAUUUGCUGAAUAACCUAAUAUUUGUCUUCCCUUCUGUUGAAUGCAGGAAAUCGGUUAUCAAAAUAUUUUUAAGAGUUGAACUUUUGACUCGCAAAUUGCUCGAAGGAAUCUUAUCAACCUUGGUUUGAGUUUAAUGUAGAUCCAAUAACAUUUUUGGAACUAUUAUUUUUCAAGUGGAGCCGUAAGAAAUGUAUCGGCUUUCCACAUAAGCUCAAACUGAGAAUUCGUUUUUUGAAAAGUUGAGACAUUGCCGGAGUUCAGAAUGGAAGCAAGCAAACUCUCGUUCUGUUCUACGAAAACCCGGAGACUGGCUGGGGUGUCAGGGCGGCAGCUGACAUCAGAAAAGGAGAUUUUGUGACGGAGUACUUGGGCAAGGUGAUGAGUGCAGUCAGACGCGGACUACUCUCCGCUUUCAGAUUGUCACAGAGAAGGAAUUCUGCGACAGCGGCAAUUCUUCCAUCUUCUGUAUGACAACUCUCAGAGGAUUAAACAUUGACGCAACACAUCAUGGGUCCGUUCAAAGUUAACUUAUUUCGAGCCACGAUCUCUAUUUCACAUUCGAGAUCUUGUUUCGUUUCAGUUUCAGCUUUUUUCUCAUCGUAUUAUUCACUAGAAAAGCAAUAACCCGGGAUCAGCAUAGCGAAUUCAGAUUUUGGCUUUUUACGAAUCUCGGCCACUUUUUCAAUCCAUCUCCCACUUUCAGAAGCAUUGUUCAAAUAAUUUUUUUCGAUGGUCUUUCAGAAAAGGAUCAAAUGAAACAGAACGGAGAAUAUUAAACGGAAAAUUCAUCAAAAGAAAAUUUUAAAAUAUUUUCAAGGCACAUAAACAAUGAAAAAACCAAUAAAUUGGGGAAAUUUCAGAAUUUCAAGAAUCACCCUCACUUUGGAAUAAUCAUUGCAAGCGAAUCAGCCCCCAAAACCAGCUCCUGUCUAAUAUAUGGUAUACAUGCCUAAAAACUUUUAAAACACGAUUCAUCCAUCAAUAAUAUCAAAAAUACAAAUGGUACUACAAUGUGGAAUAAUCCCAAGAAAUUUGAUAUAAAAGAAAAAUGGCCGGGAUUCGCAAAUGCGGCGAAACUUGAACUCGCGCCGCACAAGCGCCCUCGAAAUGCAACAAUCGGGGCGCAAAGACUAAAUCAUUUGAAUUUUUAGAAUCCGAAACGUUUCAUUUCUUGCAGUAACAUAUCCCGCUUUGUGAACCACAUGUGCGAUCCAAAUUUGGCAAUGGUGGAAGUUCUCUGCGAAGAACAUAUUUGCCUCCCUCGGGCGGCUCUUUUUGCUCUCCGAGAUAUCAAAGCCGGUUUCUUUUCUUUUCUUCUUGUCAUAAACUCUUCACGUGAAUUGAAGGCGAGGCUCUCGGGUUCAAUUACUGGCCAGAAAUGAUUGGAGACACUAGGAAAUCAAAAAGAACAUCUACACGUUGCACGUAAGUUUGAUUUUUUCAAGCCUCUGAAAAAUUUAUGUGGAUUCAAAAAGCGGAGUUGUUUGGAAGAUUUGUUGCGUUAUAUCGAACCUCCAAGGUCUUUCCAAAAACUUGCUUAUUUUCCAAUUCUAUUUUCAUGGAACUCGGACGGGUUUCCAAACAGUAGCCAAGUAGUCGAUUUCGAAAAUUUUCUAUAGUCCAUCCCUCUAUUUUGAAAGGCAAGUGUGUAGAGAUCGGCGAGAGUGAAGCGUUGCGUACGCGACGCGGUUUUUGUUGGGGGACCAUACGUGGGCUGGAUCCCACCCCAGGCUUCUGCGCGCGAAAAAGAAAGAAAAUAUCUUUAAAUAUGCCGGAAUUUGUUCACCCCAGAGUCGGAUUCAGCCAAAGCAUGCGGGGAACUCGAGGUCAAACUCAAUCAUGAAAAAAUGUAGAGAAAUUAAGUUUCUAUUAUUUUUGUACUUCUAUCCGUUCAACUGAAUCUUUUUCAUAACCAUUAAAAAUUAUAUAAAUUUAUUUUUAAAAAAACUUUCAGAAAAAGAAAAAAAAGUUUGCUCGCGUGUGACCGCGAGUCGCAAUUCUUCACGUUUACCAAUCGCCUUUUUUUCAAGUCAAGAAACAUUGACUAUACCUAUCCGACAACUUUGUUUCAGAUGUGCUUCUCCGAACUGUUACAAAUAUCUUCCCACUAGCGACAAAUAA